GACGCUUUGCGCUUGAGAAUCACAGCAGUAUAUCAUCACGUGUUGAUAAACAAACCGAUGCGACGGCUCAAUAGUUAUAUAUUUAUUCUCGUAAGCGAGCUUGACAGCCUGUUAUUUAACCAUCCGAGAGCCUUUUAAUCUCACACGACCCUUUCGGCUGCAAUCUAAUGUUGUAGAUCGAUAUAAAUGACUGAAACCCUCUCACAUCCCCAUUAAAUCCCUCGCAGUUUCCCCUCCAUUAAUGCUGUCUUUUUCCUUGGGUAUUUUUACUCGACACUAUUAAUGCUCUUAGAUGUUAUUGUUAUGUCACACGCACUUUAGACCAUUUAGACAAUUUCAGUGCAAUGAAAAUUAAAGAUUGUGGGAAGAAAUUCACUUGACAAGUCUGCUUGGAUUCUAGCUUUGAUAGACCUUCGCUGCAGUUGGAUUUAAUGUGACGAAGAGUCCCUGAAAUCACAACGUGAAAAGGGGAAGAGAUGGAGGGGCAAGGUUACUUCCUCCAUGAUCAUGCCUUUGUGGAACUGCAGCUUGAAGGAAUCCCUAGUGAUGUGGACAUCCAGAACCUGAUCAGAGACACAGAGGAAAAACUCAGACUCAAUGCCUGCAGUAUUGAGCAGAACCUGAAGGAACUGCAGGCCAAGGUUGUUGAGUCUUGCAGUGGCGAGACAUUGUCCAGUCCAGUAGAUUGCCUCCAAUGGUUCAGUCAGCGUAACUUGAACAUCUUGAAACCAGUGGCCACGGGACACCAAGAGCUGCUGGAUUUCCUUCGACCAAUGCAAACUUUGUUGAAAACAGAAGAGACCUGUGAAGAGUCUGUUUUGGAGUUACUUCUGAAAAUCUCUUCCCAAUGCGGUGUUGCUUUCCCAACUUCCUGCCCUGCAUCUACCCAAGACAACUCCCAAAUCCCUGCCUUGUCCAUGCCACGUGAUGACCUUGCUCUGGAGGUUCAGGAAACUUGGGACGAUGUUCGUUUCUUAUUGCGGAACCACUUACUUGGCAAGCUACAGAUGAUGAGUGAACAGGAUCAAACUGAGGGAGAACUGGGUACAAGAAUCUAUGUUCCUCAGAAGAUUCAUUAUCUUCACCAGCUCUUAUUCCUCUACCCUGAAACAAGUGUCCUCAGCUGGUACCAGCACCUUCAGAUCAAGGCUGUCCUCAGUGUUCUUCAAAACUCCCAGAGCUGCAGUCCAGGAGGCGAGAAGGGCUUUGACAGACUGGCUCUGGGCUUUCAAACUGCCUCACCAAUUCUGUGCUCAAUGCUGAAAGAGGAAAUUCAGGUGCUUAAUGGGGUUGCAGAACCACACACCAUACUGUCCUUCCUCAACCAUACCUACCUGAACACAGUGGCACAGGAACUAGGUGUGCUGAUGGCAAAAGAGAUUGAGACGGCAUUGAAAGACAACACCACACACAGCAGCAAAGGAGGCAAGAUGUCCAGCAAGAAGUCUGCAGUAGCUCCUCAGGAUCCUCCCCAAAGAAGUCGAAACUUCUGCCUCACCUCCCAUCAGCUCAGGUGCUUGACCCAGCUGACAUCCACCUUACUGAAGCUGGAGCAAACAGUUAAGGACUUGGCAACUCAUCUGGGUUUCCUUAACUGUGCUGGAGAAUCAGUCAGCAGUUUUAAAGGGGUCCUGAAGAAGGUCAGGGAUGAUAUGGAGGUGACAGGAACUGAAGACAAAGCUGCUGGUGAUGUUGUGUUGCAGAGCAAUGAGGUUGUGUGUCUUGAGUUUGGAUGGAGGGCUGCGUUCAGAGACCUCAUUCCUCAGAUGGCGCACUGUGUGAAGGUGGUGCUGGAUGACGUGUGUAAUAAGAACCUACAGCAGGAGGAAGCAGCACAUGCAUCAGACUCUGCAAACAUCUCCAUCACUCCAGUUACCCACAGACGCGCUCCAGAGAAAGACUCUCCCAAGAUGGUGGCCAAGUUCUGUGCAGAUGUUGUGGAGCAGUUGGAUGCGUUUCUCCCACUGGCUGUGGCUUUCAGUGAGGAUGUCCUGCUGGCUGUGUGCUCCAGCUAUGUAGAGGUGUGCGGCCGUGUGACCUCCUCUCUUCUGGUCAGACUAGAGGAGAGGGCAUGGGAAGUGCCAACCUCAGCUCCCCUCAAGAACCUGCCCGUUCUAAUGGCCACCAGUGUCUUCAUCCACCAGACACUCAGCUACUAUGAAAGCCAACUCAGAGAUGUCUCACGCAUGCCUCUCACCCUGCUGCCCGUUCAGAGAAGUCAGGAUGUGAUGGCAGCUCUGCACGAUCACCUCACCAGCUACUGCACCAAUGUGUGUGCCACAAGCAUACUGCAGGAUGCCGAAAGCCACUACUGGAGUGACCCCAAUCCUUUUUACGAGGGUGAAAGGUGUUCUUUCUCCAUCCAGAUGUGGCAGUAUUUUCUCAGAGGCCUGCGCAGUGACCUCUGGGGCUCUGUUGGCCCCGUGCAGGCCCGGCAGACCUUGGCCCAGGUGUUGUGCGAGACCCUGGAGCUCUUAGUUCAGAGGUACUCAAGAGCACGACCCUCCUACAAAAGACUCUCCCAGAUCAGGGUUGAUAUCACAGCUCUUCUGCAGUGUGUGGAGCAUCUGAUGUGGAGUGUGUGUGACUCUGCGGAGGAGCUGCUGAGGCCUGAUGGAGCUCCAGGAUCUCGGAUUUACUGCAUACACAGCCUGUGUAACCAACUGCUGACCAUACUGAUCAUCCUUACAUCACCUCUAGCAGAGCUGCACAGGGUUUUCCCUGCAGGCUGUGGUAGUAGAGGUGAUGGAAGCAGAUCUGUAAAGUUUUCAGAAGGAAUGAGCAGCCAGGACACAAAGUGGCUAAGCGUAAUAAACCCCACACUGUUCACACAGGAGCUGCUGAGGGAUUUUUCAUCAUCUGAAGGAUCUUCUUUGUGUCUGUUGGAGUUACUGGUUUCUGGACCUGGCUUUAAUCCAGCUCUACUCCUGCAGACCAUCCUUCACAAAGACUGUUUACUGCUGCAGAUCAUCAUCUCAUACUCAUGUCUGUGUGUGGAUGGAGGAACAGAGGAGUCUCCUAAUACUCCAAUGUCAGCUGCAGAAGAUUUUUUGGAAGCUGUUUUUGCCAUUCUGUCUUCUGUAAACCACUUCCCUAGGGCUUUAACUCGAGCUCUUGAGGGAUACCUGGACCGCAGGCACCUUUGGGAGCACUUUUACAACCUAGCAGAGACUAGUAAAGAAGAUCCAGCCUUGUUCAAGUACAUCAAAUCUGUUGUUUGCGAAUCCACCUACAAACUUCAGAUCCAGCUGGUCAAUAUGAUGCAGUCAUGCAAAGACCCAUCUGGACCCCUAGUUCGACAGCAACUACCUGAAAACAUCCUUGGCAAAAUUCCAAAAGAGUGGAACUACAUUGCACAAGAUCAGAAGUGUAAUGAUAUCAACAAGAGCAGCAUGAAUCUAGUUAUCCAAGCCCUUUCCUUUAUCUUCACCCACCUUCCGUCAACCAUAGCCUCUCUUCCAUUACCUGUGCGCUUCCUGUUCAUCGUGGCUGAGAAGAGGCUUUCCCAGCAUGCCAAACAGCUGAGGUCCACAGGCCUGCUCCUUUGGGUUUUACUGCUGUGUCUUUGUCAGGAUCUGGAGAACGGAGAUGCCCUGGAGCAUCUGUCUGGGCAGCCCCUGGAGAGAGGGGCCAAGGAUCGACUGGGUCUGCUGUCGGAGUGUCUGCAGGUCAGCCUGGGCCAGCAGAAGGGUGUUCCGAAGCCUUUGGUCCAUAAGGUGCUUCAGGGCCUGGAGGAGAAAAGGCCUAAAUGGACUUCAUUGCAGCUACAGAAGGCACGGAAGCUAUGCUGUGAGAGUGUGUUUGAGCGUGUGGAAAGCGGCUCUGCGCAGGAUAGAGGUGUGCCCGCGGAACUGACUGAGCAUAAAAUAAGGCAGUUGCUGCUGGAGCUGUGCCAUAGAGCAGGUGGCAGCCAGCACCUCCGGCAAAUCCAUCACAGCAUCCAGCUCAAUGAGGAUUUACUGAGGUCUGUCCUGAUACCUCAUUCAAAGACAAAUGCACCUCCAGAUUCCCCUUUGGGACCUGUGGUAUUCUCCACUGAAGAAAGUGACCCAAACACCCACCUAUCCCAUUUCAACCCCCUCAGAGAGUUCAAUUCUAUCGGCCAUAACAAGUUUGAUCAGGGUGCUCUGGGUGAGAGGGAGUGGGAUUGGGCACAACUGCUGCCAGCCUAUCAGAACAUGAGUCAGGUGACCUUCACGACGCUGCUCGCUAACAGACUAGAAGCUGACACCUAGAGACAGCCCCAGCAAACUUCCAGACAUGACCCACACAAACUUCUCUGACAGAGUUACAGUAUACUGCUUGGUGACAGGAACACUUUUCAAAUAACACCCAGGUUACACAUUCAGAUUUGCCUUUGCUGGUUGUUGUAUAAACUUUACAUCGUGUAGCAUUUAUGCUGCAUAAAGAAUACUGUGUUUGACAUAUUAUAUCCAGCUUACCAUUAUAUUGCAAUUUGUAAUCCUACACUUAAAAGAUCAGUAUGUUAAAAUUUAUUUUGCAGUUUAAUAAAGUUGCUUAAUAAAGCAACAUCAUGAAUAUAAUAAGUGUAUAUAAGUGUAUAUAUUUAAUUUUUGUUUACACUUUCAUAGCCAUUGAUUCCUUUACCAUCAUCAGUCCUGAUGGCAAUCAAAAAUUUAUUGAUGUUUUAUUUACAUAAUGACCCUGUUUUUUUUUUUUUUUUUAAAUAAAAACAACAACAUUAUUGUCCAAUUUCUAAAAGCUGAGCAUAUACACAUUUUCUUGUAGCUUCAUAUCACUUACAAACGCACACAAAAAAA